GGCGCCGCUGCACGGUGGAGAAGGUCCGCAGCCAUGAAGUUUCGGGCCAAGAUCGUGGAUGCGGCCUGUCUCAAUCACUUCACGCGAGUCAGUAACAUGAUCGCCAAGCUUGCUAAAAUCUGCACCCUCCGCAUCUGUCCAGAUAAAUUGAACUUCAUUCUCUCAGACAAGCUGGCCAGUGGAGGUGUGAGCAUGUGGUGUGAGCUAGAGCAGGAGAACUUUUUCAGCGAAUUUCAAAUGGAAGGUGUCUCAGCAGACAACAAUGAGAUUUAUUUAGAACUAACAUCGGAAAACUUAUCUCGAGCCUUGAAGACUGUACAGAAUGCUAGAACCUUGAAAAUCAAGUUAACCAAUAAAUACUUUCCCUGCCUCACUGUCUCUGUAGAGCUGUUAUCUGGCUCAAGCAGCAAUCGAAUUGUGACACAUGACAUCCCCAUAAACGUUAUUCCUAGAAAAUUGUGGAAGGACCUGCAGGAGCCCGUGGUUCCAGACUCUGAUGUUAGUAUUUAUUUGCCACUCUUGAAGACUAUGAAGAAUAUUGUGGAAAAGAUGAAAAACAUCAGCAAUCACCUUGUUAUUGAAGCAAACCUAAAUGGAGAAUUGAACUUGAAGACAGAAACUGAAUUAGUAUGUAUUACCACUCAUUUUAAGGGUCUCGGAAACCCUCCGUCAGCCUCUGAGAGCUGUGGAGACAGAUGCCCCGAGGAGAUGACCGAGGUGCACAUAGACAUCAAGAAGCUCCUCCAGUUUCUCGCAGGACAGCAAGUGAACCCUACAAAGGCUGUGUGCAAUCUUGUGAAGAACAGGAUUGUUUACUUUGAUUUGCUUCAUGAAGAUGUCUCUCUUCAGUAUUUCAUCCCAGCCUUGUCCUAGUGCCAUAUUUGGGUCGUGGAAGUGGAGAUGACACUGAGUUCUGACUGGCAGUCUGGUCUCACAGCACCACAGAGCCUUGUGUCCUGCUUCUUUCUCCUUCUAUAAUAGGUUAAGUAAAAGUUAAGGGAACAGUUGUUACUUCAUAGGAUUCAUGUCUGGGUUUGUUUUGGGUUUAUUGUGCUUUUAAGACAUUGAAAAGAACGUUGGAAUGUUUUUUCUCCUGUUUUUGUGGCACUGACUGUUGAAACCAGGGCCUGUGCAUUCUACCACUGAGCUGCUCCCCCAGACAUUCAGACUUCAGACAGCAGGUUCUUAUUGCAAGUGUAAAAAUCCUCACAUGUGAAUUGGUAUUGCAGUCAGAGUUUGCAGGGCAGUAUUUGGUAUUUCCCUCGGGCUCAGCCUCCAGCACAGUGCCUGGUGCCCCAUGGCUCUCAGCUAUGAGCAUGUACACCUCCCUACUCCCACCACUGGGAGCCCGGAGACAGGAAGGGGGCAAGCUGUGAGCAUGCGCACCUCCCUACUCCCACCACUGGGAGCCCGGAGACAGGAAGGGGGCAAGCUGUGAGCAUGCUCACCUCUCCCUGCUCCCACCGCUGGGAGUUCAGGAAGAAGAAGGGGGGCCCCUGCCUGUGACAGUAAUGCCCCGAGAGGUGAGGACUGCAGAAUCUGGAGCCUCUGAUUUGCCAGACACAAGUUCCCAGAAAGCCCACCUGGCUGGGACGAGGCUUCAGAGCCAGGAUUGAGGCCAGGCCUUGUACAUGCUAGGCAAACGCUCUGUACCGAUUGUACCCCCAGCCCCUUCAGGGAUUGUUCUGUGUGGUUCUACCUUGCACUGGGUGUCAGGCCUGCCAUUCUGGAAGAUACACAUCAGUACUCAGAAGUAAAGGCAUCCUCAACGUUGACAGCCCUGUGAGCACAGAGACCAGGCUUGGUACAGCCAGCAAUGCUCCUGUUCUCCCUGUGCCAUCAGGCUUCCCGUGUUUUCUGUGCAGGUGACACAAUAAGCAGCAUGUCAAUGGCACACUAAAAGUCAAAACUACCUUCCUUAGGAAAAGGUCAGUGAGAAGUCAACAAAAAUGAACAUUUCUGACUCUUCAUAGUAUUUGGGAAAAGCAAUGUCUUUGAUUUAUACUUAACGAUGUUUAAGAAAUGUCAUAUUUUGUGAAACCAGCAUUUUAUUAUUAAAGAUUUUUAUUUUUUAAAGCCUCA